GUGAAGCAGUAGCUAUUCUGGCCAAAUAAAUGCCGGCUAUACAAGUGACACGUUACCUAAGAAGCCGGCAAUUUCUUAAAUAACAGUAAAGCGCGAUAUUUAAAAAAAAAAAACAACAAAAAAAACCCACGAAUACGAAAACUUAGAUGAAGGAUGAAAAGGAGUUUCCUUGAAAGCAUUGCCUACUUUAUGGGCUCCCCCCAGCUCAGGUCGUUAAAAACGAAGUAAAAGAAAAUUUGUGCAGCAGCAGCAAUUAGAGGCAAAUAGUAAAAAAUCCCCCAAUAAAUGUCAAGUGACAAACAAUUUUCGCGGAACCGUACGACAAAAGGCAUAGGCUCCGUGGCUGGUGCCACGUUCCAGGCAACAUGUUGCUAGCAACAUAAACAUCAUCAGACAGUGGCAACAUUUUUAUGCUGCCGACAACAACAAAUACUGUAUGCGGCAUUUUUAGUCGUGCCCCUGACGGUUGUGUGGCGUGUUCGUUUUGCGGCAAGACGAUAUGAAAUCGGAGGGGAAAAAGCAAAGCAAAACAAAACAAAGCAAAAAAACGAAAAGAAAAGCAAACAUUAUACUAGUGCGGUUAAUUGAAAUUGCAAAUUUCGAAUUAGUGCAAAACGUGCAAACGGAAAAUUUCCGAAUCAAGAAAAUACGUGUUAAGCAAACACUAGUUUAGAUUAAAAAUUUCACAAACAAAAAUACCAGAAAACUUUGAAUCUCACUUCAUUUGUUGCUAACAAAAACUGCCAAGAGCAAUACAAUCGGUUCCGGUCCCGGUCUUUCUUACUCUCACGCUCACUGCUGCCCCUCGCCGUCUCUCAUUCAUUAAUUUCACACUUAAUUAAUGUCUGGCGGCAAGUCUCGGCCAAAGUGGCCAAAAACGUUGACAAUGUGGCAGACGCUAUCAACUCUAUCCACAUCACUCGGCACUAGACUCACACACGAACACAGCGACUUGUCAACCUGCAAGUGUAGACGCAUAGUAAAACCAAAACAACGAGCAAAAUUUAGCAGUGGCAACGCGGAAAUGCAGAAUCACCAUGCCAGCGGCAACAACAUGUUGCCAUCAACAGACACAGCGGCGACACUGACGACGACUACGACGACGAUGACAAGACUAGCUACAAAUAUGGGGACUCUUUCCACAAAGGCAGCAGCCAUGCGUAGGUGUCGUGGUAUCCCCGUAUCCACCGUAUCCACCACCCCCACACUCAGGGGAAUCACCAGCAUCCCAGCCAGAAUUCACAGAUCCAACAGUAGCAGCAGCAGCAUCCUGCCAUUUCAAAUGCCACAUCUCUUGUUGCUGGUGCUGAUGCUGCUACUCCUGCUAUGCGUCUUGUGUGAUGCUGCACAGGGAACGUUACGCGAUGUUAAUUUGCUAGUGCAACCGCCUGCAGUUCGUCGUGGCCAGUCAGUGGCACUUCAUUGCAACUACCAGCUGGAGGGGGCUCCGCUUUAUUCAAUCAAGUUCUAUCGCGGGCAAAUGGAGUUCUAUCGCUUUACACCUGGCGAGUAUCCAAACACAAAGGUCUUUCAAUAUCCCGGCAUACGAGUGGACGAGGGCAGCUCCAAUGCCACACUAGUAUACAUACGCAAUGUCACCUUUGGGUUGUCUGGUCAAUUCAGUUGCGAGGUGACUGCCGAUGCACCGCUCUAUUCCACAUCCAUGGCCUAUGCGCAAAUGCAAGUUGUGGAGUUUCCGGAAAAACGCCCACAACUAUUUACCGAGCAAACACGCUACGAGCCAGGCGAUGUCUUGCGAGCCAAUUGCAGCACAUUGCCGUCGCGGCCCAAGGCCGAGCUGCGCUUUACCAUUAACAAUGUGCCGGUAUACACGGAGGCCACCCAAUACAUACGCACGACUGACAACCUAAUCGCAUCUCGUCUGAGUCUAAAACUACAACUACAGGCCGUACACUUUGUGGCCGGCAUUAAUGCCAAUAUUCAGACAUCAAAUGCCUUGGGCAUUGGCUCUGGCAAGGGCACCGCGGUCUCGGGUGGAGGUGCCCUACUGCUGCGCUGCACAGCCCAAAUUGGUGAUCUAUAUCAGGAGUAUAAGGAAAUUGAAUUGGGUACACCGCAAAAGGAUCCGGUACCGGCUAGAGUUACUCUGUCAUCGGGCACAGGAUUACAAAAUUUUUUGGAAACAUUUUUCUAUACAUCGACAGCUGAUCAAAGAUCGUAUCAACCGUUGGGCUUACUUUCCAUCAUCCUUAUGCAAAUAUUAAAAAUAUUUUAAAAAUAUAU